GCUGGUCCUCAGCCCUCCGCACAUCUUUGCAGAGUUUGAUGGGGCGCCGGGCGGAUGACAGCGGGAACGGUUGUGAUCACUGGCGGAAUCCUAGCUACGGUGAUCCUCCUCUGCAUCAUUGCCGUCCUGUGCUACUGCAGGCUCCAGUAUUACUGCUGCAAGAGGAGCGGAACCCAGGAUGCAGACGAGGAGGAGGAGCGGGAGCACGAUCUUUCCACGCACCCCAGAGGCCCCAGCUGCAAUGCCUGCAGCUCCCAAGCCCUGGACGGCAGAGGCAGCCUGGCGCCUCUCACCAGCGAGCCCUGCAGCCAGCCCUGCGGGGUGGCCGCAAGCCACUGCACUACCUGCUCCCCAUACAGCUCCCCCUUUUACAUACGGACGGCUGACAUGGUGCCCAAUGGGGGUGGAGGCGAGAGGCUCUCCUUUGCUCCCACAUACUACAAAGAGGGGGGACCCCCAUCCCUCAAAUUGGCAGCACCCCAGAGUUACCCGGUGACCUGGCCAGGCUCUGGGUGUGAGGCCUUCACCAAUCCAAGGGCUAUUAGUACAGACGUGUAAAUCCUUCCAUCCCCACCCGCACAAACACCCACACUGCUGCCCUGGCGGGGGCCAUGGGGGUGAUGGAUAACCCUCCAACAGCCCCACAUGGGCUGUCUCUCUUUCUUUGGCUUUUCUCGCUCCGCAGUGGAGGGUUUACUAGGAUUUAAGCUUUUGAGUGCAUUGAGAACCAGGACAGGGCCUGGCUCCAACUCUGUGGGCCAGAGGUGGGGGACUGCUAGGUCGAGUCUGCAGCUUCGCCAGUUUCUCGGUUGGGACACUCCUCUGGCAGCCCCAGCACCACCACAAGCCCUUGCAGUGUGCCCCAGUCCCCUGGAUUCACUGGACUGCAAAAAGGAGCACCAGGGAAAGCUCAGCAAAGGCUCAGGAGGCCUCCAGGGUCCUCGGGAGAUGAAGCAUCCGUGCCUAGGAAAAGGGGACAGAGAGCAAGGAGAGAAGUGAGAGCUACAAUUACAGCACAGGAGAAGCGAGGGGCGGGGCGUCAACGGCACUGCUUCAGGACGCGCUUGCUGAAACGAAUCCAACAGCUAGUUCACAACCCAGCUUUGUACGUUGGUUACCAUAGCUACUGCUGUCACUGUAGCUGCUCCCGUAGGGACGUCGAUUCCUGAACGUAUCACAUCUCACCUGCCCCCUUCCUCGUGGAACGCGUCAAGUUGACUUUAAAGCCUAAGGUGGCUUGUGGGGACUGCACCAGAAAGUGUCUAACCUUGUGUUCCUCGAAAUCUUUUCUCUGCCUUAGGAACCAGCGCCCCCUGCUGGAAAAGUUUUUUCAUUUUGUUAGCUGACUUCUGGUAGCUUAGCAAAGAGACCAGCUGUCUCUCGGCCCAACCCACCACGCUGAGUAGCUUGCAUGGAUGCAGUCCUGUGAGGGUGUGCAUAACCGUUCCCAGGUGUACACACACACACACACGCACACACACACCAGUAACCACGGGUAGGCACUAGGGGCUUUGUACAUUCAGGAGCUGCAGAGAGGAAAGGUCUCCCAUGUACCAUCGAGAAGGAAAAGUCUGAUCCCCAAACAGCUUGAACGAAAGGUGGUUAACGUGACCAAUCCCCAUGGCAGCCAGCGGGCUGGUGAACAGGAAGAGCACGGAAUCUCUGUGGGGCGAUGCUGCAGCGGCUGAAACCACGUCAAGUCCCCCAGAGCCCGGCAUUCUACGUGAGCAUCCACCGGUGACGCCGUGGAGCGGGAUCUUCAUUCAUCCCACCAGAGCAACAUCCCAGUCCUGAGGAUGGGAGGGAUGUGACUUAGCCUUGGGAUUCCACGCUCGCCGCCGCCUCCCUUGGCCGCGCUACUCCCCAGUUUCCUGGCGAUGAGCCGUUUAUUGUAUCUCACACCAGCCUCAUUUCCAACUCCGACUUCCCACUUAGAAUGUGGCAGUGGCCUUAUGCUUUGUGAGUGAAAACCCUGAUGAGUUUUCCAGUGGCCUCUGCAGAAGCUGGCCCCCUUCUAAGGGCAUAGCUAACCCCCUUCCCACUCCUGAGUCACCGAAUUCGAGGAGGGUGGGGCAGGGAAAGGGCUGGUCCCGCUGCUGAAAUCUUGAUUCUGCAUUUGAGGAAGGUCAGGGUGCCGCUGGGGGAGCAGGGAGCGGGGAGGGAGGAAGAGGGGAAUGCACAUCUUUUGCGCCACUAUUAAUGCACCUGUCACCUUCAUCUCAAUCUGGAAUCAAAGCACCCUGGGUUGAGAAGCAGACCUGGGCUCUGGUCACACUUUGGUCACUCAUUAGCUCUAGGACCAGUCACUAAUCUCUGAGACUCCAUUUUCUCCAGGGAAAUGAGGCUUGCCCAGAUAGACUAACGACCCUUUAGUGCUCCAAGAAGUGAGAAUUUCCCAAAAAGAUCUCCCGGCCCAGGCCACUCCCUCUUGCCCUAAUCCUGGCAGAGUCUGGAUGUAUUUACCCAACUCUGAUUUUGUGUGCAGGGAUGCUUGCUGAUGGAUGAAAGACCACAAUAAAACAAGAUUAGCAGCAAAACAA